UUGAAGGAGUGGGCCCGAUAUUUUGAGAACUCCUGGAACAAAAAAUGUAGCCUACCAGAUUUCUCACGAAAGGUUUGCUCAUCGUACACAAACUCUGAAACAUGGCCUUAAGGGUUCAGAGCCGAUUGUCUCUGCCAGAUGCAGAUAAAGGCCAGCAUGUCAUGUUUAUCAUCAAGGAGGGGGCCAGUCAGAUUGCGCACCGUCGCUUUUCCGAUUGGGAUGCUGUGGGCAGAGGAUCUGUGCUCUCAAGAGUGAGGACUGAUGCAGGCUUUCAUCAGUAUGUACGGGAAGUGACGGAACACCCCCGGUUUGAUAACUUCAUCAUGUUCAUCAUCACGAUGAACGCGCUCUUCAUGGCCCUAGAGACUGACUACAGCAUUAAAUACACAAUGUUCAAUUUCUUUGAGAUGUCUGACGAAUUUUUUAUGGCGAUCUACGCCAUGGAGUUUGUCGUGAAGGUGUAUGUGGAGCCGUAUGGUUAUUGGACGAGCGGAUACAACGUCUUUGACGCUGCUAUUCUCUUCCUGUCAUUCAUCCCUUGGUUCACGACGGAGGGAGGGGGAACGAGCUCCUUGUCCUCCAUCAGCGCCUUCCGCUCGAUUCGCGCUUUCCGCGUACUGAAAACCGUGUCUUUUAUCCGUGGUCUGCAGGCCCUGACAGCUGCACUCUUGAAGACCAUGAAGAGCCUGACGUAUGUACUAACCCUCAUGCUCUUGCUCAUGUUCAUCUUUGCCGUCAUUGGCCAUGAGUUCUUCGGAGAACCUGCCACUGGAGACCCUGAGAACUGGGGCGACAUCGGCUCUGCCUUCUUCACACUCUUCUCUUUGGUUACGGUGGACGGCUGGACAGACCUACAGAGUAAUCUGGAUAAUCUGGGGUUGGUGAGCAGUCGGCCCUUCACCAUCGUCUUUAUCCUGCUUGGAUACUUCAUCCUCUUCAACAUGUUCGGAGGCGUCGUCAUCAUGGAGAUUCACCAUGCAACUAAGCGCUUUGAAAAUGAGAUCCAGAGUGAGAGGGAGACAUCUCUGGCACAGAAGAAACAGGGAGUCAUCCAGAGGCAGAAGCGUGAGAUCAGACAACUGCUGCGGGCCCAGAAAGGGAUGGACAAUAACUAUUUGGCGAAGUUCAAGAGGUCGCUGAGGCACACAGACAUAACGCUGAUGGACGACAUGUGCACCUCGACCUCCUUCAUAGACAUUUACCUAACCUCGCUGGACUUACAGGACACCACCGUCGAGAGACUGCAAAAGUUUUACGCUGAGGCCCUGCUGGUCCUGUCUGAUUUGUUGUCGGAAGACCUGAUCGAGGAGGCAGAGAAGGAGCAGAGCAACAAAAAACUGGUGCUCCCCAAAUCCCGGAAAAGUUGAAAAGUUACAUUUUACUUUGUCUACAAAAAUGGUUUUGGUUACAUUAAAGCUGAACAAGCUGUUCUUCUCCUUG